AGUAAAAAAAAAAAGAAGAACGAAAAUAGAAAAAUACUUUCCUCUCCUCUACCCCUUUACCUGAUUCUUAAAAAAUCUCACAAAUUAUCGAUUUCAGAGGAUCCGGACUGCUUUCAUUACUUGCCUCCGCCAUUUCUCCCUCCCACCAUUUUCUUCGUUGCUCGGAUCGGAUUUCUUCAACUCUGAUACUCCCUUAUACUCAACUUCAGACCAAAACUUUGAAGGUUUAGCUUCAUCGAAUUGUGAAUUUUUAAGUUGAAAAGGAGAAAAUUCUUUUUUUCUUUUGGUGUAUCUUUUGCUUCUGGAAAUUUAGCCGAUUAACAAUGUCGGUCACGGCGGGGGUUAGUGAUACUGUAAUUGCUGUUAGAGACAAACUUAGAGGUAAAAUUGGACAAACAAAAGUUAAGAGGUACUGGCCUGGAAAGGCUCCCGAGUGGGCGGAUGAUGCCGAUGAAGAUGGCGAUAUUAGGAUGGCCAGGGCAGCAGCUCUUGAGAAAGCAUUUCCUAGGCAGGAAGAUUCAGAUAUAUCUAGGAAGGAUGACCCUAGGUUGCGCCGUCUGGCUGAGAGUAGGAUAGAUAAUCGGGAGGAGAUUAGAGCUGAUCAUCGACGUAUUCGCCAAGCUGAGAUUGUUUCAACCAUUGAAGAGGAAACUCGGAGGCAGGAGGGAUUAGAUGCAGAGGAAGAGGAUGAGGAUGCUUUGGAGGAAAGAAGAAGAAGAAUCAAGGAAAAGUUGCGACAAAGGGAGCUAGAAGAAGCUGCAUUUCCUGAAGAAGAAGAGGAGGAGGAGCCAGAGGAAGAGGAAGAAGAGGAGUCUGAGUAUGAAACUGACUCUGAAGAUGAACCUACUGGUAUAGCAAUGGUGAAGCCAAUCUUUGUUCCUAAAUCAGAGAGAGAAACUAUUGCUGAACGUGAGCGUAUUGAAGAGGAGGAAAGGUCUCUUGAAGAAUUGAGAAAAAGGAGAUUGGAGGAAAGGAAGGCAGAGACAAAGCACAUUGUGGUUGAGGAGAUUAGAAAGGAUGAAGAGAUCCAGAAGAAUUUGGAAAUGGAGGCCAAUAUUGCAGAUGUAGAUACUGAUGAUGAAAUAAAUGAAGCAGAAGAAUAUGAGGCUUGGAAGGUUAGAGAGAUUGCUAGGAUCAAGAGGGAUAGAGAACUUCGAGAUGCAAUGUUGAAGGAGAGGGAGGAGAUUGAGAAGGUGAGAAAUAUGACCGAGGAAGAGAGGAGAGAAUGGGAGAGGAAGAAUCCGAAACCUGCUCCACCACCUAAGCAGAAGUGGAAGUUUAUGCAGAAAUAUUACCACAAGGGUGCAUUCUUCCAGGAAGAUGCUGAUGAUAAUGCUGGAACUGCUGGAUCUGAUAAUAUUUUCCAUCGUGAUUUCUCUUCCCCAACUGGAGAAGAUAAAAUGGACAAGACAAUAUUGCCGAAGGUUAUGCAGGUCAAGCAUUUUGGGCGCAGUGGGAGAACAAAAUGGACGCAUCUUGUCAAUGAAGAUACAACCGACUGGAACAACCCUUGGACCUAUAACGAUCCUCUUCGGGCAAAAUACAAUGCAAAAAUGGCUGGAAUGAAUGCACCAAUUACAAAACCUAAAGGGAGCAAGAAGUUGAAGGAUUGGGAAUCUCGUUGAGUUUAUAAAGCACGGUUAGAAAGCUUUUCUAGUUAUCCAUUUUCAUUGUUCAAAUUAGAAAAAAAAUGCUUGCAUAAUGGGUUACCAAGAUAGUUGGGCACACAGUUUUCCUUCUCUUUCAAACUAGAGUUGUAACUGGAUUUUGUAUGUUGAUGUAAUAUAAUUACUCAUUAGUUAUCAUGUUCCUCGUUCCCUCUUA